AUGCAGCCCCCAGCAGGCAGAUUCGCCCCUCGGGUGUCUAGACAGCGAGGCCCUCUUGGGGCCCCUGCAGACAGUGAAAUUGACGAGGGGGCCCCAUCGACCCCUCACCAUCCUUCUGCUGCUGCUGCAGUUGCAGCAGCAGCUGCAGCAGCAGCUGCUGGAGGUGCAGCACCGGGUCCUCUUCGUGUCUCUCGCCCUCGUGCAGUAACUCGUGUAAAUCCGUAUACGGGGGCCCCUCAGGGCCCCCCUUUGGGGGCCCCGUUAGGGGCCCCCCUGGGGGCCCCUUUGGGGGCCCCCUUAGGGGAUGGUCUUCCCCUGUGCCAUCAGGUUGCUGCUGCAUCUGCUGCAGCAGCAGCAGCAGACACAGCAUUUUGCCGUCCCUUAUAUCAAUUAGCAUCUAAGUUGGGGGCGGAGGAGUUGCGUAAUUUGCUGUUGCUGCAGUGUAAGCUGCAGCAGCAGCAAACACCGUCAGUUCCUGCACCAGGAGCAGCAGCUGGUGCAGCAGCAGCAGCAGCAGCAGGAGCAGCAGCAGCAGAUGCAGCAGCAGCAGCAGCAAGACACACAGACAGCAGCGGCAACGAAGAAGAUCACCAAGAAUACGUAUACAUGUAUACGUGCAUAUACACCCCACAACUAACACCAUCUGCAGCAACAGCAGCAACGGCAGCAACAGCAGCAACAGCAGCAACAGCAGCAGCUGCAGCACAGCCUGCAACUAAUAGUACGGUCGUAAGUGUCUUUGUCGCCUCUUCCCCCCGUCUGUACACAGAAGGGAAGCAGCAGCAGCAGCAGCGACAGCAGCAGCAGCAGCAGCAGUAG